AUGGGCCCAUGCGCAAAAAGGUCAACUGGUCUGCCGCCAAGACGUGGCCUCAGAGACGGUGCCUGCUGCGGUUGUGCCCUCGAUCCGGUUACCGGGCCAGAGGCAUUACGCGGCUGCAAAUCGGAGUUGAGCCUCCCACUUAAGUGUGCCCGAGAGAGUGACGCGAUUGCGAUACGUCCCGGCAGAUGGGACGUCAAGCGGUGGGAUUGUAUUGGCGAACCUGUGCUUAAUCGAAACCCCCCACCGGUCCCACGCCGACCGGUGGGAGAAGACGACAGUUGUGUGAGCACACGGACAAUCGGUGGAGCGAACAAAUGGUUGAGUAGACAACCGGAUAAAGACAGGCUUUUCAUAGGCCGGCGGUACAGCCAACCGACUCGAAUGUUGCGUGAGUUAUGCCUCCGAUUGCAACAUCAACACAAUUCAACAGACUGA